GACCAGCUCCUUGGAACGACAUUUAGAUCUGUCACGUUAAGAGGCUUUUUGUAUGAGUUUGGAGUUGUUUUGUUUCCCAGGGAUCGGAGCAAUGAGGAUGAUGGGAGCAAAAGAUAUAUUCUUCAUCACUAUCAGUCAGAAUGUGUCUUUCAUUGGCAAGACCUGGUGGAUGUUGAUGCUGGUUUUACGUCUUCUCGUCCUCCUGCUCGCUGGCUUCACCCUCUUCAGCGACGAGCAGGAGAGAUUUAUCUGCAACACCAUCCAGCCGGGCUGCGCCAAUGUUUGCUUUGACGUAUUUGCUCCUGUAUCCGUCCUCCGUCUCUGGCUCCUCCACCUCAUUCUUCUCUGCCUUCCCCAUUUUAUUUUUGCAACCUACAUCAUGCAUAAAGUUCUGUCACGUCCCUAUUUUGGGGGUUUCUAUUGCGACAGGAGUCGAGGAGGUUCACCUUUCACUCUCGACAACUCAAACUCUUUGAGAGAACUGUCGCUGCAUAAAGCCUCACUUGAACGUGAACUGGCUGCACCGCGUUACUGCUGUGCUUAUUUGUUAGUAGUAAUUUUACGGAUACUUCUAGAAGCCGUUUUCGGUGCCGGACAGUUUUUCCUCUUUGGUUUGUCUAUCCCAAAGAGUUUCUUCUGUUAUGAGGCUCCCUGCACGUCUGGGGUGGAAUGCUACAUCUCCAGACGUACUGAGAAGACCUUGAUGCUCAACUUUAUGCUCGCCGUUGCCGUUUUGUCCAUUCUGCUAAGUCUGGUCGACCUAUUGAGCUCUGUGAAGGCGUUGGUGAGGUGGAGGAGGAAGAAAGAGAUGCUGAUGGAGGAGAUGAGUAAAGGGGAACAGAGCAGUAUGUUCACAGCCACAACCCUGACAGAAGAAGACGUCAUUUUAACCAGGAGAGUCAGCCGAAGUGGAAGCUCGAAGACAAAUAGUUUGAAAGAUGACAAACCUUCAGCUGGAGUUGUGGCGACUGGUGAGCUUUACCACACUAAGGUGACUGGUGCACUCGAAGCAAAUGAAUCUGCUGAUGAGAGAAACCCAGAAAGCAAAGAGGGAAAAGUGGAGAUGCCUCCCAUGAUCACUCCAACACCAGCUCACUAUGUCCUUCACAGCCAUUUGAGACCUCCGAUAUCCCCUCGGCCAGAUAAGGCACCAUUAUCAAACCUGAGAGCAACAACACCUAUAGGUGCUAAAAAGAUGGGCCAGUUCACUGCAGCUGGCAGCAACUCAGGACAACAGUCUGAUAGCAGUGAAUCCCAGGACAAGAGAGCCUGGGUGUAAUGGACAGAGACCCUUUAUCACUGGACAAAAACACUUCUGACAAACCCUGAUGUUCUUCUUGAUAUCUAUUUUUAUUGCAUGAAUAAAUAGGACUAACUAAAGAAUAUUUUAUUUACAGUGAAUUAAAUUAUAUUACUCAAAUGUUCAAUGUGAAAAGAGUAGUGAUAAACCUGCUGAAAAUGUUCACCAAACGAUGCAGCUCUAUAACAGAUCAACAUGAUCGUUUAUCCGCUUUUAGCUGGUUGUUUUGGUUUUCUGUUCUUCAGUCUCUCAAAUUCUAUUUUAUUUGAAAAAACCUCAAGCCACUAUUUCACCAAAGCCUGAUAAAAAAAAUCAUUUAAAGCGAACUUAAUCUAAAGAGAGCUAAAUAUUGAUGUCAGAUGUCAGUGGAGACCAAACCAGAGCUAGAAAUAGGAAGAAAAUCGGCUUUUCCUAGAACACUGGGCAACUUUAAUUGAAUGUUCAUCUGUUUUGGCUGCAUGUACAGGCAAUUAUACAUGCAGAGGAUGAGUCAGUAUUUUGUGAUCAGCUGGUUAGCUAAAAAUCAAUCCAUGCACAGGUUCAUAUGGUGUAUAUUUUUCCAGCAGAAGCCCCUUUAUUGCUAGGGGACAAUCCUAGCAACAAUUAGUAGGGAAAAGGACCAUGGGGAAAAAAAGUAUUGAACUGACAAAAUUAACCAAUAAAAGUGACAACUACUCAAGCACAAGACCUAGGCUUCCUACAGGCCAAUAAAUUUAAAGGAUGAACAGAAAUACUAGACAACAAACAGUGUUAAAGAUGGAAUACUUUCAAGCUCGGCUCUUAUCGAGUACAGCACACAGAAAGCCCAAACACUUCCCAAACGGCCCAUUGGCACCGCUGAUGCCCAGUCUUUCAGCCUUUAUACUCUCAGAUGUGAUGAGCAGGUGGAUGCAGCUGCAUUCAGUCACCUGGAAGACGAGAACAAGCAACGCCUGAGGAGCCGCAAUGAGCAAAAGAGACAAUACAGCAAGUAACACCUUGUGUUUCUGUGACGUGAGCAUAUAUUUCAAAUGUGUAAUCUAUAAUUACGAGUUAUAAAGAAAGACAUUUUGAAGCAUUCUCUUUCAAUUGUCAGUUCUUUACUGGAUAAAGUCAUGUGCAGGUUUUUGUAAAGCAUACUUACUGAUUGAACAAGACACUGUCAGAUCUGCACAGUAGAUUACUUCAAAUUUCUUGCACAGUAAAAAGCAACGCUUUUUAAACUUUUGUGUGGUGGGUUGGUUUUGGGUUGGUUGACAUCCUGAUCUAUUUCUGUUUGGUAAUAAGAAAAUGAGUCAGCUAACGUGCUCAGCUGUCGUCCGGAUUACUGAGUGCUGGCAACCACAACAGACACACUGACCCGACCUCUGACCUCCCACAUGACCGCUGGACGAACCAGCCGCGACCCGACUUGCCUGGAUGACACGAGGCCUUCAGCCUGCCCACCACCAUCAGUCAACAUCACCUCAGCAGGCAAGCAAAGCUCCACCUUUUGGUCUGUAGGUUACAAGCAGUGAAGUACAAUAUUUAAAAAAAGAUCAAAUAUUACCACCGUGCUGCAUGAGAUGCAGAUUUUAUUGGGAUGAAUGUGUUUAUCUUUGUUGUUUUUGGUUUGAUUUUUGAUGUUAACAACUUUUCACGUUUGUCUCCAUAUCGAAGCAAAAGAAAAGAGAAUCCGAUGAUUUCUCCAUCUGUGUAUGUUCAUUAUUGCAUUUUCCUGUAAUUUAAAAAUAUGAGCAAACUAUAGUCUUGUUUUUGUUUUGUUUUUUUUUUAAAUUAUGCUCUUCACUGUCCAUUGGUCCCCUUUAGUCGUUUUUAUAUCUAAAUUUAGCGUUUUCAAAGGUUUACAAUGAGAUCAAUGAGAAUCAUUUGCCUGAGAAUCGAUUUCCUUGCAGAGGCUUUUUAAUCACAGUUUAGAAUGCUAUCACACUAAGAAAAUGCUCCAAAAAAACUACCAAAAAUAAUAAUAAACAACACAACAGGAAUCCAAACUGUACUGAAAAUUUUAAAAAGUCAAGCAAAAAAAUAAAGGCUGUAUAAAGGCUGUUCAGGAUAUAUGAAAAAGUCAGGUAAAAGAAAAAAAGACAGACAGACAGUAAAUCUGUUGUACCCCUACAUAUGAUUCAGUUUUUUAAAGUAGGCUAUAAUGUAAUUUUAAGUUGAUAUUACCUAAAAUUUUGUGUCUUUUUAAUUUCAAAUCUGCUUUUAUUGUAAUUAUUUUAUGCAGGUUUAACUUAUAACAUUUUCAGAUCUACUUUGUACAAAAUGAUUUUUUCAUAUUUAUAUAUCCUAAACAGCCUUUAUUUUACUGUAAGUCAAAAGACAAAAGUAAACUAAACUACUGUUUUUAUUUAUUUAGUCAUUUACACCAUCAUUCAAAAGUUUGGAGUCACCCAGACAGUUUCAUGUUUUCCAUGAAAACUCACACUUUUAUUCAUGUACUAACAUAACUGCACAAGGGUUUUCUAAUCAUCAAUGAGCCUUUCAACACCAUUAGCUAACACAAUGUAGCAUUAGAACACAGGAGUGAUGGUUGCUGGAAAUGUUCCUCUGUACCCCUAUGGAGAUAUUCCAUUAAAAAUCAGCUGUUUCCAGCUACAAUAGUCAUUUACCACAUGAACAAUGUCUAGACUGGAUUUCUACGAGACCCCAAACUUUUGAAUGGUAUUGUAUUUAUUUAUUCAUUUGUUAUUGUUAUAGGCUAUUUGAGUAUUUCUAUUUCUAUAAAUGUAUGUACAGAGAGAGAGUGAAUAAGCCCUUCAGACAACAAAGA